ACGUAACCGAAAUGCAAAAAUUUCCACAAUUCCUUAAAACCAAUUGUUGCUCGUUAGCCUGGUCUAUAGCCAAGCGCACGGCCGUAACACAACAAAAUGUGAACACUAAUUCGAAUCGCAUCCGUAUUGUGGAGGUGGGUCCAAGGGAUGGCUUACAAAAUGAACCCAAAUUGUUGCCUGCAGCUACCAAGAUCGAAUUAAUAGAUCGUUUAUCGGAGACGGGUUUAACCAGCAUUGAGGCCACUAGUUUUGUGAGUGCCAAAUGGGUACCACAAAUGGGCGAUAAUACUGAAGUUUUCCGUGGCAUCCGUAAAGUUCCGGGCAUUAGUUAUCCCGUAUUGACUCCGAAUUUAAAAGGCUUUGAGAGUGCCCUGGAAGCUGGAGCCGAAGAGGUGGCUGUCUUUGGUGCUGCAUCGGAUGCGUUCUCGUUAAAAAAUGUAAACUGCACCGCAGCCGAGGCCAUUGAACGUUUUCGUCCCGUAUUGAAGGCAGCCCAGAAGCACGGUGGGAUUCGUGUCCGUGGUUAUGUGUCAACUGUAGUUGGGUGCCCGUAUGAGGGUGCCAUUUCCCCAUUAGCCGUGGUCAAAGUCGUUGAAGCUCUGCACAAAAUGGGCUGCUACGAAAUCUCCUUGGGCGACACCAUUGGUGUGGGCACACCGGGUAGCAUGCGACGCAUGUUGGAUGAGGUGGUUAAGGCUGUGCCUCCGGAGAAUUUGGCUGUUCAUUGUCAUGAUACCUAUGGACAGGCUUUGAGCAAUAUUCUUGUAUCCCUCGACUAUGGCAUUCGGGUGGUAGAUGCUUCCGUUUCUGGUCUAGGUGGUUGUCCCUAUGCUCGUGGAGCUUCAGGCAAUGCAGCCACUGAAGAUGUCAUCUACAUGUUGCAUGGCCUUGGCUUGGAGACAGGUGUCCAGCUGGAAAAAUUAAUUGGCGUGGGCAGAUAUAUCUGCUCCCAGCUGGGCAGACCAAGCGAAUCCAAGGUUAAUCGCACCUGGAAGGGAGCCACCACCUCCUAAUAAUUGUGAUUACAAAGGAUCAGUGAUUUAUCCCCAAUGUAAACGAUGGCAUUUACUAGAAAUACUUGAAAAUUGUU